AGCAGACACCCCCACAUGAACACAUCUGCCUGAGUGAUGAGCUGCCACCCCAGAGCAGCCCUGCCCCCACCAAGGAUCGAGGCACCUCCACCGACAGCCCUUGUCGCCGCACUGCUGCCACCCAGAUGGCACCUCCAGGUGGCCCCCCUGCUGCAGCACCUGGUGGCCGGGGCCAUUCACAUCGAGACCGAAUCCACUACCAGGCAGACGUGAGGCUAGAGGCCACCGAGGAGAUCUACCUGACCCCGGUGCAGAGGCCCCCAGACCCUGCCGAGCCCAACGCCUCCUUUUUGCCACCAGCUGAGAGCCGAAUGUCGGUCAGCUCUGAUCCAGACCCUGCUGCCUACCCCUCAGCUGCAGGGCGGCCCCAUCCCUCCAUCAGUGAGGAGGACGAGGGCUUCGACUGCCUGUCCUCCCCAGAGCGGGUGGAGCCACCAGGUGGAGGAUGGCGAGGGAGCCUGGGGGAGCCGCCACCACCUCCACGGGCUUCGCUGAGCUCAGAUACCAGCGCCCUCUCCUACGACUCAGUCAAGUACACACUAGUGGUGGACGAGCACGCACAGCUGGAGCUGGUGAGCCUACGGCCGUGCUUCGGUGACUACAGUGAUGAGAGCGACUCGGCUACUGUCUAUGACAACUGUGCCUCCGCCUCCUCGCCCUAUGAGUCGGCCAUCGGGGAGGAGUACGAGGAGGCCCCGCGGCCCCGGCCCCCCACCUGCCUCUCAGAGGACUCCACACCUGAUGAGCCCGAUGUCCACUUCUCUAAGAAGUUCCUGAACGUCUUCAUGAGCGGCCGCUCUCGCUCCUCCAGCGCAGAGUCCUUCGGGCUGUUCUCCUGUGUCAUCAACGGGGAAGAGCAGGAGCAAACCCAUCGGGCCAUUUUCAGGUUCGUGCCCCGGCACGAAGAUGAACUUGAACUGGAAGUGGAUGACCCUCUGCUAGUGGAGCUGCAGGCUGAAGACUACUGGUAUGAGGCCUACAACAUGCGCACUGGUGCCCGUGGCGUCUUUCCUGCCUACUAUGCCAUCGAGGUCACCAAGGAGCCCGAACACAUGGCAGCCCUGGCCAAGAACAGCGACUGGGUGGAUCAGUUCCGGGUGAAGUUCCUGGGCUCUGUCCAGGUUCCCUAUCACAAGGGCAAUGAUGUCCUCUGUGCUGCUAUGCAAAAGAUUGCUACCACCCGCCGCCUCACCGUGCACUUUAACCCGCCCUCCAGCUGUGUCCUUGAGAUCAGUGUGAGGGGUGUGAAGAUAGGGGUCAAGGCUGAGGACGCUCAGGAGGCCAAGGCAAAUAAAUGUAGCCACUUUUUUCAUCUAAAAAACAUCUCUUUCUGUGGAUACCAUCCAAAGAAUAACAAGUACUUUGGGUUCAUUACCAAACACCCUGCCGACCACCGAUUUGCCUGCCAUGUCUUUGUGUCUGAAGACUCCACCAAAGCCCUGGCAGAGUCUGUGGGACGCGCAUUCCAGCAGUUCUACAAGCAGUUUGUGGAAUAUACGUGCCCCACAGAAGAUAUCUACCUGGAGUAGCAGUGCCGCGCCCUCUGUGUGCCCCAGGCCCCAGGCCCGAGCCAAGCCAGCUGCUGCUGAAGGGAUGGGGAGGUGGGGGCCACUGGCCCAGGGCAGAGGGCCAGGGUUGUGGGGAGAGACAGAUGCAGUUUAUUGUAAUAUAUGGGAUUAGAUUCAUCUAUGGAGGACAGCUCGGGCUGCCCGGGGUUUGGGAGGGGGCAGGCCUGGGGGGUAGGGGGGCCUGGCUGUGAAGGAAUGCAUUCUGGGAGCAGAGGCUCCACCCCAUCCUGGGCCUUACUUCCCUGCUAGGGGCUCUGGCUCUUGGCUCCUUGCCUUGAUGAUGCCCACCUGCAAGUGCCCACCUUCCCCCCUUGCCCAAUCCCCAUACCAGGCGCUCUGAGCUCAGGCUGAGCCCAGCCGCCUCCCAAGUACGUUCCAGUAAGGAAAUGGCAACAGGUGGCGGUGAGGUCCCUGUCCCUCCCUGCUGUCCUCGGUGGCACCUCUGGGUAGCUCCCACCUCCACCACCGCAGCACGCGGGCCCCAGCAGGCUCAGCAGUCCCGGGGAAGGAGGGAGCUGCAGGGAGAGAAGGCCUCCCACCAUGGUCUUACCACCUGGCCACAACUAUUAAAGUGCCAUUUCCUGUCUGGA